UGAUGCAGUGCCACACCAGCUGACGUCAGAUGUAAAUAACAAUGGCUAGUGAUACUAGUGACGGAGCGAAUAAAUUAUCUAAUGGAAUUAAUAAUUUGAAUAUUAUGGGAACGAGUGAGAAUGAAUCUAUAUCCAAUCAUCAUCCUCAAAACGAUGUUGAAAAUAAAACCGAAGUUGAUUUAGAAAGUGUAAAAGCAGAAUGGGGGUUUGAUUUGCAGGAGUUAUACAAGCUUGUUGUUAAGUUUUAUAAAGAAAAAAGUGGCAAGGCCAUACAAUUGACAUACAGCGAGCGUUGUCACCUUGUUGCCCUCACACAGCAAGUCAUCCAUGGGCCCUACGAUGACGCUGCUGCUGCCUCUCAGACGCUGGGCAUUAUGGACGUCGUGGGACGAGACAGAAGAUUGGCAUGGCAGUCGCUGGGCAAGAUGUCGAGUGAUGAGGCCAAGUUGGAGUUUAUCGAGCAGCUGCACCGCCUCGCCCCGACCCUCAAGCCGUACAUUGAGGCGUGUCUUGCUGACCACCUGCACCACCUGCAGCUGCAGGAGGAGCAGCGUCUGCAGCAGGAGGAAGAGCACAGAUUACAGCUGCAGAAAGAACAAGAGAGAAUUCAGCAGGAAGAAAUUCGGAGACAACAGGAACAGACAAAACGAGAGAUUCAAGCCGCCCUCAACCAGCAGACGUUUGCUCAGUUCAGGAGCUACGCUGAGCACCAGUUCCCUGAUAACCCUGAUCAGCAAGCCGUGCUGAUAAGGCAGCUGCAGGAUCAGCAUUAUCAGCAGUACAUGCAGCAAGUGUAUCAGCAGCAGCUGCAGCGGCAGCAGCAACAAGCAGCUUUAUUGUACGAACGAGACGAUGCAGAGGCUGGUGACGUGAUCGCAGCGGCCGCGAUGUGGACGCGUCGCGACGUCGCUGAGUUCAAGCGCGCCGUGCAGGCGGAGGGCCCCAACACCGUACUGCGCGUGGGGCACGGGGAGACUGUCACGGUACGCGUACCAACACAUCAGGACGGGUCGUGUUUGUUCUGGGAGUUCGCGACGGACGCGUACGACAUCGGCUUCGGUUUGUACUUCGAGUGGACGGCGGCCGAGGACGACGCGGCCGUCACCGUCCACGUCACCGAGAGCGACGAGGACGACGACGACGACGACGAAGAUGGCGAGAACUGCACAGGUGAUGCCGACGUUGAGCGCGGGGGUGGCAAGACCGGCGGGGGACGGCGUGGGGGACAGUCACGGGUCACGGGGCCCCCGCAGUCGGUGAUCAUCCCCGUGUACCGGCGGGACAGCCACCAGGAGGUGUACGCGGGUAGCCACACGUACCCCGGCACGGGCGUGUACCUUCUUAAGUUUGAUAACUCGUACAGCGUGUGGCGUAGCA